UUCUCUAUUUUGGCCAUGGUAGCAAGAAAGCUAGCUGGCUAGCCAAGACAGCUAACGUCAGCGAGCUUGUUGACAGCCCAAAGUCAAAACUGCUCCUCUGCAUAUGCUGUCGACUCAAACAGCAUCGACGCCAUGAUUUUCUCGACGUUGCCAAGGAGAUCCGAUGUCAACGAGCUACACCCACUCGCCCUCACUGCUGUUUCAGACGGACAAAAUAUAAGCUAGCUUGUCAGACAUGAGUCAGUUCUUGGGUCGUCAGGACUGUAUCGAAAGCCUGCGAAAAGACCUAGUCGACCUUCAAGGUGCCAUUCUGGACGUCUUUUCUAGAACUGGACCAGUCCGUUUUCCCUCUUGGAAGUUCCCCGAUAAACUCUCCUGUAAUCUAGACAUGGUAGCUCUGCUGGAGCAGUAUGACUUUGUGGAUGGGGAGGAUGCAUUCAAUCAACACUCCCAUAUUGUCUUACUGGAGCUCGUGAUUGACAGACUACUGCUUCUUCUACAAAGCUUCAAUUCUUAUUUCGAGCAACUGAGGUGCAGCCAUAGGAGAGAACAAACGCAGCAGAAAGGAUGCCUGUCGGUUGGUCUUGUAGUGAGAAACUACUGGAGUAAUUUAGUUCAGUUUGCCAGCCUUAAGGGGACCUUCAAAGACAUCAAGAAACAGACAAAACCAAAGACAUUUGAUUGUGAUGAGAAAAUGCCAUCUAUUUCCCCCCAAAUGAGCUCAAGGAGUGACAGCUGCAAACAUUUUUUAUCUGCCUGUUCUUCAACAAGCUCCUUUGAUUUUUUGCCACAGAAUCAUGUACCCCCCAGUCCUACCCACAACAGCCCGCGCUAUCCUAAGGCUGACAGCCACAAUGUAAGCUGCCAGACAGUCGAAUCAUCCCUCAUUCCCUGCAAUGCCUGUCAUCGAGUGCAGUGCAUUUUGAGAAAGACGGGAGAUGCUCUCGUAGAGCUGUUUCAGAGUGAGGGCCUGCCCUCCUCUCUGCAGCCACUCUUAGCUGCUGUGGAGGACACCCUGGAGCUGGGACAUAUGACAGCAGGUGAUGUCACCCAGUGGGCCAACGAGCAGCUCAGGGACAUGCGCCGGCUGGCAAAACAUCUACAAGAUGUGCGGCGUACAGUAAACCCUCUUAAAGAUAGACUAGAAGCAGCCGAGACAGAGCAGGAGAAAUUCAGGUGUCAGUUCGAAAGAGUAAAGAAAGAGUUCAAGCAAGGGACGGAAAAACACCAGGCAACCGUAGUCCAGCUGGAGUUUUCACUGCAGAAAGCACAGAGAUCCAUGAAAGAAACAGAGCAGAGGCUACAAGAGGAGCAACAACAACUGAAGAGAGAAAUUUGGUCCUUGGAGGAGAAUAAUUCCAGACUGAAAGAGAAAGUAGCAGUGCAGCAAGAUACAUUACAAGCACUCGAAUGUGAAAAGAAUCUACUGCAGGAAAAAGUGAAAUCCUUGCUCUUAGAGGAAGAGGCCAAUUGUAAACUACAACAAAGGAUGCAGCAACUAGAGAGUCAAAUCUCUGAAACUCAAGUCCUUCUUGACAAGGAGAAUGCCAAGUACCACAGCGCUUGUCGUCAGCAAGAGUCGAUGCAGGCAAAGCAGAAAUCUUUGUUGGAGAGAGUGGAUGCGCUUGACGAAGAGUGUGAAGAGCUGCAGAGGCAGUUGGGAGAGAGAGAGGAGAGACAGAUCGACCUACACAAUGAGCUGCGAGAGAUGUCAGAGAAAAAGGACCAACUGCAGGCUCAGCUCACUCAACAGCAGGACUUGCGUUUAGAGCUCCAAAAGGAGAAGCAGACACUCGAAACAUACAUAGGCGAGCUAAAGAACAGUGUGGCUGAGCUGAAGGAAUACGUGCAAGCUUUAAAGGAGAGGGAGAGGCUGAUGGUGGCUUUCCCAGAGCUCAGCCCCAUGGCUCACGUCCAACCACAGAGUACAGGAAAUGUAGUUUUGGACAUGGAGCAACAAAUGCAGGCAAAUAGUAUUCGUAUAAAAGUUCUGGAGCAGGAAAAUUCUACCCUACACAGCAGCCUUGAGAAACUGAGGGAAAGAAUACAACAUAAUGCAACAAGGGAAGCCUCACCUCAACAGACAUGGAGCCUCGCUCUGGCCACUACACCGGUGGAAAAACAACAGAAUCACCUGACACUAUUUCAGAACAGUCCACCGCAGAGCAGCAGUGCAACACAGCUGGGAUACAGUACCAGAGGGAAAGAAGCAAGAAGAGGAGAAAGUGGUGUAGAGUCAGAUGGGUCAGAGGAUCCUGUGUCCACUACCAGUGCCUCCCCCCCGUCCCUGCAAAUUCACUUUCAAACCCUCCACCUCAGCACUCCAUGCUCCACUGCUGCCAAAAACCGUACAAAAACAGGCAGUCCGUCUCUCCCCUCUCACUCCAGAGGCUUGAAUCAGAGGAGAAAAUGAAACACUGAAGGUGUAAAUGCAUUUAGACAGUUUUGCAGUCGGAGAGA